AUGUCCACCCCUAGUCGCAUGUCGUCUAAUCAUAUUUUCCCCNAACAUCACUUACAUGACUACAGCAUACUGAGUCAGCAGCAACAAGCACGCCAUCCGCUAGACGAUUCGGUGUUGGAGCACAGCAGUAACAUGCUUAGUAGCGGUGAUGCCACCUCGAAUGAUAGUGUCGAAGGCGUACUCUGCCAUAACAGCGACUUAGAGCAGAUCUAUGCGCCCUCGCUCGAUCUCGACCGCUGUGUGCAGGGUUGCGUGCGACGUAAAACUGUGCAGAAGGAGGGACGCAAGCCGGCCGUCGCCUCAUGGCAACGUUACUGGCUACAAAUAUGGGCCAAUUCACUUGUCUACUUUCCGCCCAAAUCGUUUAAAGGCAGUGAGCGUAGCGAUUUCAAACGCGAGCCAUGUAAAGUGUGUCCACUCGAAGGUUGGUUUGCGCAGG